AUGGCUAGCAGCGAGAUGGAGAAAUCGAGUAAAGAGAAAGAACCUAAAACGCCGCCUUCUUCUUCUUCUGCUCCUCCCUCGUCACAGGAACCUUCGUCGGCUGUGAGUGCUGGCAUGGCUACACCAGAUUGGUCUGGUUUUCAGGCAUAUUCUCCUAUGCCCCCUCAUGGUUUUGUGGCAUCAAGUCCCCAAACUCACCCUUAUAUGUGGGGGGUUCAGCAUAUGAUGCCUCCUUAUGGAACUCCACCUCAUCCAUAUGUUACAAUGUAUCCCCCAGGUGGCAUGUACGCGCAUCCUUCAAUGCCUCCGGGAAAUACUACAGGUGGCACUGAGGGUGAUCCUAAACAGUCUGAUGUGAAGGAAAAAUUGCCUAUCAAAAGAUCAAGAGGAAGCUUGGGGAGUUUGAACAUGAUCACAGGAAAGAACAAUGAGCCUGGAAAAAACUCGGGAGCAUCAGCUAAUGGAGCUUACUCCAAAAGGCAUAUUUUUUUUGGUUACAGUGGGGAGAGUGCUUCUGAUGGUUCAAGUGAAGGAAGUGAUGCAAACUCUCAAAAUGACUCGGGAUCUGGACAAGACGGGAAGGAUGGUUGGUUUAUGAUACUUUCUUUUUUCCUGUCAUUUCUAUCAUCUGAAGCAGCUUCAGAGAAUGGUGGUUCUGCUAAUGGUCCCCGAAAUGGAAGUGUUGGUACAACACCUCUUCCACCGGUGAGCCAGAACGUGCCAAUCAUGCCAAUGACAGCCGCAGGUGUUCCAGGACCACCAACAAAUUUGAAUAUCGGGAUGGAUUAUUGGGGUGCUCCUACUUCAUCCGCUAUACCUGGAAUGCAUGGGAAAGCAUCUGCACCAGUUCCUGGAGCUGUUGCUCCAGUCUCGCGAGAUGGUGGCCAUUCACAAUCCUGGUUACAGGACGAUAGAGAGCUUAAGCGACAGAGGAGGAAGCAGUCCAAUAGGGAGUCUGCUCGAAGAUCCAGGUUGCGUAAACAGGCCGAGUGUGAUGAACUGGCACAACGCGCUGAGGUGUUGAAUGAAGAAAACGCAAGUCUCAGAGCAGAAAUCAACAAGCUCAAAAGCCAGUGCGAAGAGCUCACCUCUCAGAAUACCUCUCUCAAGGACCAGCUUUUAUCAUUCCCUGCACUUGAAGGCAUAAACGUGGACAAGGACGACCAAGAACCAGACGCCAGUCAAACAGGCGUCGCAGUGACAAAGGUUGAUUCCUACAAAGAGUCAACGUGA